GUGUGAGUGAGCAAGGGAGGGGCUCGCUCUCUUUCUUCCCCCCCUCCCCCCAAAAAAGACGAAGGCUGUGGUGGCCGUGGCAGUAGUAGUGUUGGGGAGUCCGAGGCAGACAAAGGCAAGAUGGCAGGGAUCCUCGCCUGGUUCUGGAACGAGAGGUUCUGGUUGCCCCCUAAUGUCACCUGGGCGGAUCUGAAGAACACGGAGGAAGCCACUUUUCCUCAGGUGGAGGACCUCUACCUCGCCUUCCCCUUGGCCUUCGGCAUCUUCAUGAUCCGCAUGGUCUUCGAAAGGUUUAUUGCCAAGCCGUGUGCCUUAGGCCUAAAAGUUCAGGCCAAUGGACCACAAAAAGCUCAGCCUAAUGCAAUUCUUGAAAAGGUCUUCACUGCAAUUACAAAGCAUCCAGAUGAGAAGAGGCUUGAAGGGCUGUCCAAGCAGCUGGACUGGGAUGUACGCAGUAUUCAGCGUUGGUUUCGACAAAGGCGUAAUCAGGAAAAGCCAAGCACUCUUAGAAAGUUCUGUGAAAGCUCGUGGAGAUUCACCUUUUAUCUUUACGUAUUUACUUAUGGAUUGCGGCUCAUGAAAAAGAGUCCUUGGCUGUGGAACACAACCCAUUGCUGGGUUGGAUAUCCAUAUCAGCCGCUGACUCCUGAGAUUCAUUACUACUACAUUGUUGAGCUGUCGUACUAUUGGUCCGUAAUGUUUUCUCAGUUCAUUGACAUCAAAAGAAAGGAUUUCGGCAUCAUGUUUACACAUCACAUCACAACAGUCAUUUUAAUCGCUCUCUCCUACACAAUCAAUUUCAUACGAGUGGGGACCCUGACCAUAUGUCUUCAUGAUGGAGCUGAUGUUGUGCUCGAGGCAGCCAAAAUGGCAAACUACUGCAAGUUUCAAAGACUCUCUGAUUUCCUCUUCUUUGUGUUUGCUGCUUUUUUCAUCGUUUCAAGGCUUGGACUGUACCCUUUGUGGGUACUGAAUACAGUCAUGUUUGAAUUGCCUGAAAUUCUUGGUGGCUUCCCUGCUUUGUCAAUUUUUAUCACUUUACUUCUGGUACUUCAAGUUCUCCAUUGUUUGUGGUCUUACCUAAUAGUAAAGGCCACCUAUAGAGCCAUUUCUAAAGGCAAGGCUGGGAAGUGGAACCCUUUGCAUGCGAGGGAUAACCGGAGUGAUGUUGAGUCUAGUUCAGACGAAGAACCCUCCGCUCCUCUUUCAAAGAACUCCCAUAGAUCAGCCACCACCAAUGGGACAAGUGGAUCCAGUGGAACAAACGGGUACCUCACCGGAGGCAGUGCUGCAGAGGAACACUAAUUCCUGGAUUAGACACUGACACAAACAAAAACGAACUGUUUGCUACCGAAAGUAAACAAGUUGUGAAUGCUGGGUUUUGAUUAUUUCCCCCUUCUUCCUUUUCAUAUUCCUUUUUUUCUCAACAUCUGAGGGAAAAAAACAAAAACAACUAACACUUGGAGUAUUUAAAGCUUCUGAUAGCGCACUGCCGUCUUUCCUGUUUGUGAAUGACAGCGCCACACCAUUUGAUGUAUGUAGGCAUGCUGUAUGUAUAUAUACAUGAGCAGAUGGGAGCAGUAUUUUCUUCUGUGGUCUUUGAAUAUUAUUUAUUUUAUAUCUUGUAUGGGGGUGACUUGCGGAUGAAAAAGAACUUCCUGUUGGACUCGGCCAGGGCCAGAGACUGCCAGGUUAAAGGUAUGUCUCUUUUCUGUGCUUGGCUUCUCUGGCCAGUAUGCAGUAUUGUGGGUGCCUGCUUAGAUUCACAGCAAAACUAUAAAAGUUCAUCUCUCAUUCUAAAUCUUCUUUUGCUGCUUUCUUCCCCUGAAGAAUGUUGACUUUUGAAAUUGCCAGUACAAUCACAAUGUGCUCCUGCCCCCCUGCAAGUAUUGAGCCUUUAAAUGGUUCAUUGAUUCGUCCCUAGUGGGUCAGUUUGACCAUUACAAUUAAAGUACCAUUACUGUAAGACAAGAUCUCAGCAUCAUUUUAAACUCCAAAACUGGUGGCAAGUUAGAUUAGAUUUCAGCAUUUAUAAAACGGUCAAGCUGCAUUUAUACCAAGUAUGCUGAAUUCAUCUUGCCAAUGGGUCCUUGAAGAUUUAAUCUCAAUUUUGAUUUAAACAUUUUGUGUAGAUUUCAUGCUGAUACCCCCCCCCUUUUAACAAAAAAUUCAGAAGACACGUGUUUACUUGGCACUGAUAUCACACACAGAGAAAAGCUGUUAUUUAGAGAAGUCAAACUGAGGUGAAGAAGAGUAAAUGUUGUGGACAGGGGAAAGAGUCACUAGAAAUGACAUAGACCAAAAACAGCAUUGGGGAGAGACUGGAAUGCCUGAGGCCUCAUGAUCUCAAAUAGAGCAUACCUGUGUCUUCAAAGCUGUGCCAGUUCAGAUUGCAGCUGGGGUUCAGUUGAUUUAAUAAGGUGCCAUGGAAAAAAAAUAUUCGUGAACACAGAAACUAACACAUCCUGCCUAGAACCCUUCUUAUAUGUGCCACUAUUUAAGUGUGCAGUGUUUCGUAUUGUGUAUGCUCUCCCCAUCCUCCAUAUCGUAGAGCGCUGACUCAGGUUUGUAUCUCUUGUGCAGUGUGUGAGAAUUAGGCCUGGCUGUGUUCCCUGAGGCUGGCUUCCUUACAGACAGGCUCCUGUUUCACUGAGAACACAGCCACCAAGUGCAGCUCCUAAGCAACCCCUUUUUAUAAGAGAAGAUCCUGGAUUUGGGUAGUCUCUCUGUGUGUAGAGCCCAUCUGGGUUUCUCUGGCCUUGGGGUAGUAGUGGAAGGUGCUGUUUUGCUUGCCCCAGUUCCUUCAACUUAACUCUGAGAAAUGUGUUUCUGGCUACUAGUCCUGAACUCCUUCACACAAUGGACAGCUAGCUCUCGCAGGACAAAUGGUUGUGUUGCAAGUCUCACCACCAUCUCUUCUCACUGUUUACAUCUGGGGGAGCCUUUCCCUAUCCCACAACAAUUGCCACAUUUAGUGCCAAUGAACCCAGCCCAGAAACAUGAAAAACCUUUGGGUGGUUAUGCCCCGUUAUGAAUUAAUAACAAGCAUCCUGACCUUUGAAGGACUCGAGAAAUAAGGCUAGCUGUAGUUGUACCUACUAUAGUUUCUCUGUAGAUGUUCCUGUGUGAGCGCUUAGAGUAGCAGGAAUAACACCUUACAAGAGAAGAAUUUAUUAUUUUCUUUUCAUUUUCCUUUUAAUCUCUUCAUGUAAGAAUGUUCUUAUUUCCCAGAGGAUCCAUAAAAAAAGAGACAUUCUUAUCACAGAAGAUAUUUUUGUGCUUAGCAGAACAAGUAAUAGCAGAGGAGAUAACUUCUCCCCAAGAUUCUUGCACUAGCAUUCUCUUUGUCAAUGCUUAGGCGCAUAAUUAAUCUAUAUGCCAAAGAACACAGAGGGAAAGUUGGUGGUAUGCACAGAGUAGGGAACUACUUGCUCUGAAUCCUAAGAGCUAUGUUUUCACUAGAAAUAAUUUGGAGUCACAAAUCUUUCUUGCAGCCAUGCAAUAUUUUACCUCAGUUUAUUACAAAUAUAAGAGAUUUUGGAAAGGAAAGGAAAUAUUUCUAUGCCCUGGAGGUCUCAUCUAUUGAGGAAUAAUUCUUACAAUCAAUUUUGAAAGCAAUCAAAGUCGACCUUUUGCCCCAAUCUCAAUGGAUUUGGCCAUUUUACUUUUAUCAGUGUGUCAACACAGCUCUAGAUUUCAAUUUACUAUGUUUUUUUUAAUGUGCCAACAUUUUUGCACCUAAGAUGUGUUAAGUCAUGAUGUAUUGACAUUCUAACAGUACCAUGUAAAUUCAACUAGAUAAAUCUAUUACUUUGCCAAAGGUUAAAUAACAAUAACAAAACUGUUGUGUCACCUGCCUCUACAGAAAUGCAAUUAAGGGAAAUCCACAUGAAAGGCACUUACACAGUAAGUGUAGUAAAAGUAUUAAUCCUUCCAUCAAUGUACCAACUCUUAAAAUAUGACAUUUAGGAGGUACCAAGUUUUGGAGGGGAGGAGUACACCGUAGUUCUAAUACCCUUGUGGAUAUCAGCUAGAGCUUAAUUGGCACUGGAGUUUCUCCUUCUGUUUCCAUCUGUCAUUCAGCAGCCAUAAUUCUUUGGCUGCUAUCUCUAGCCCUGCAUGUGUACUACAAAAGUGUAUCUAGGGAGGGCAGGUGGUAAAAAUGCCUUGUGCAUCACCCUAAUCUAGUGUUGGUGGGGAAGAUCUGAGAUAGGGCUGUCAUCUCAUUCAAGUGAAUAUGGCGGCAGUCCUUAAUUCAAUCAGGAUCACUGCAUUAUCUUGUAUUAUGAAUAGUAGUAAACGUGAUAGCCAAACACGGUUACACCAUCAGAUCUUCCUCAUCAACCAGCAGAAAUCAUAGUGAAGAGAACAGCCAUCUACAGCAGAGAUGGGCAGCUGUAGCUCUCAUGAUGUUCAUGAACUAUAGAUCCCAUAAUCCCUCACUGUCAAGUAUGUUGAUGGGAAUCUGUAGCCUCCAAACAUCUGGAAGGCCACUGUUGCCACCUCUGCUUUACAUCCAGUUUUGUAACAUGGGCAUAGAGCAUUUCCUUCCUUGGUACUCUGUACACAGUCUGGAGUCAUCUGCAGAGUGUGGAGUUCAAGCAAAAAGAGAUAAGUAUGGACAUGAAUAUCGCUGACAUUCAGUUUCCUGUUGACUGCAGAUACUAAUAGGGAGGCUAGGACUUUCAGAUUUCUUAGCAUUGUGUAGAAAGGCAUUCCAAACAGAUAAGUCAUUUUCUCAGAGUUUAAAAGUAUUAUUUCUAAGGGAAGGUGGGACGGACAGUUUGCAACAUUAAAUAUGUGUUAAGUUCAUGCUGAUGCUAUAUAGUGCACAAUAAUGUGGCUAAGCAGGAUGAAGGUUUCUGUGCAUGGCCUCUGAUAACCAGAAACUGUUUCAAAGCAUACUAUUAAGUUAGUUGGAUUACAGAAAGAGACAUACAGCUUCAGUGGAUUGGUUUGAAGACAAACCUUUGUUUGUGUAUGGAAGUUCAGACUUCACAUCCCAUUCUUGUGCAUUGCAAACAGCUACGGGAUACUCACAAAAGUGUAAUUACUUAUGAAAAACCCUUCUAGAAACAAUUGACAUUCCACUUUUCUUAUUAGUAUUUUCAACCUUUUUUCGUGUGCCAAUAAGCUCUUAGCUCCUAGUAGAAGCGCUUUGGUCCCUUUUAGCACUAGAGUAUAAAAUAUAAGUAAGAUGUAGAGUAAGAUAUGCAGGUUGGAAUAAGUAGAGUAGGAAGCAAAAUUAAUAAAUAACAGUGUGUGGAAGGUAGUAGCUAGACUGAAUAUGUUAUUACUCAGUCCUGGAUAGUGAAGUAAGAUCCAUAGUUGUAUGCAUUUACUCUGUUAGGUAUUGACAUGAAGCCCACUUAAAAAAAAGGAAAAGAAAAAAGAAAGUGUGUGUGUGUGUUUGUAAAAACAAGUAACUAAAUAGGUACACUGGACAAGUGUCUGGAGAUUAGGUCUCUUUGACAUAUAUUCAGUUAAGGAUGGAAAUGUGUGACUGUCUUGCAAUCCAGACUGUAGUGCCAGAUUAAAUAAGCCAAAAUAAAUACAAUAUAGAUGUAGCAUUUUUGAGUUAGCUCAACUGAUUGCUUUCAUUGCUUGCAUUUGUUGUGCAGUUAUCUCAAGGAUUCCUUUUGUAUACAUUGAUUUCAACAGUCCGGUUUACAUAAGUCUCAGUGUGUGCUAUCUGUACAUGAUGAUCACCUCCUUCCAAAAAAAAACAAAAACAAAAACUGAACAAGGCUUACUGACCAAAUGGGAUUUUUUUUGUUUGGGGGGCUAUAAAUCCCGUAAUUCUCCAUUUUGGGAGUUCCACCUGACAUACAGAAAUAUACAUACACUUAAAUGUGGAUCAUAUGGGAGAAAGGUCUAAACUGGAACACUUUGUGGCCCAGUUAGGCUUAGUUCCCUGUUCAGAAAGGAAAUUGCCAUGGGGAGCUUUCUUUUUUUAAUGGGAAACUAGGCAGAACUAAGCCUAGUUGGGCCACAAAGCCUUUCCCCUGGGGCCUGUCUCCCAGGUGAGCCACAUUUAUGUGUCUGUCUGUCAGGUGGAACUCUCAAAAUGAAGAAUUAUGUGAUUUGAAGAUUUUAAAAAUUCCAUGACUGUUGCUCAUAUAAUGUGUAGAACCCUGGUUCAUUUUAAAGGUUUUCUGUACAAUGGAGGGAAUGACGCUGGAGUUCCAUGUUCAUCCCUUCCCUAACACUUGCAAUCUAUAGCAGGGAUGGACAAUGGAUGGCUCUCCAGAUGUUGUUGGGCUGCAAAUCCCAUCAGCCUCAUCCCACAUGGUCAAUGGGAUGAUGGGAGCAGAAGUCCAAUAGCUAGCAUGCUGCCCCUGCCCCACUUGUAAGCUACACAACCACCUUUAUGAAGUAGCCAAGUGUUUGUUCUGUCUGUGGGAGAAAUACUGAGGACUGAUUGCUAAUGAGAUCAAGGUAUGUACGCAAAACAACUUAGCUCCUUUAAAGAGUAGUUAUACUAUAUUUUUCCAUUACUCCUGCUCUCACAUGUUGAAGUUUGUUUCUUCCUUACCCAUGCAUGGAGGUAUCUGCUGUAAUUUGUAAGGAAGUAAUAAAUAUAGAAGCCAUGAAACCUGGAAUUGUUUAUGAGGACAGAAGAUUGUCUACCCUCACAUGUCAGCAGAACAUGACAGUAUAGCCAGAGAAUUAUCAUGGAGUUCUUCAUCCAAGAAAUGUCCUACAAAUGCAUUCUUUCUUUGAAGUCACUCUACAGUUGGAGCUGAGCAUGUUGCAAUAAGCAGGGAACCCUUGUGUCCGUGCAUGUGUGCCCGCAUGCUGUGUUUUGCAAUAAACAAUGGGCAGAUUGUUGUGUAUCCAUAUGCCAACAUGUUAUGAAUGCCUUCCAUUGUACAUGGAAAGGCACAGGUUACACAGUAUUCUGGUGGUUCAGGUUGAUCAUCCCAUCUGUCAUUUGCUUUGAUAUGCUUAUGGCAGAGGGUUCUGAAUAUAGGGCUAAUAUUCAAAUUUCUCAUCUCAAAUACAUGUAUGCAAUUAGUUUGGGCCUUCUGGAAUUCCCAUGAACAAGAAUAAGAUUAGAUUUCUUUAUUUCCACAUUGAUAAUAUGUUGUAUUUAUUUUUAUUUAAUUAUUUCUCUUGUAUUGUUUACUAAAUAAUAAAUUAUAGCAGUUCUGGAUGAUACUGUGAGACCAACACUCUAAAUCCACAAUGCUUAAAGCAGAGUUGCUUUAAAUUUACAAUGUGUAAAUUCAGUACUUCAAAAAGGCUCAUCAUAUUAAGCCAGAGGUAUGUUAAUCAGACAUGCUAUUGAGUGCACUUUGAGAUUUGCUUUAGAUUCUGCUGGGAUGUGGCUAAAAUUGCCUAUUUUAGCUUCUCUUUUUAAAAUAGUUUUCUUGAGGUUUUGGGAAAGUUGCUCAGUGUAUUUUAACCUGCAAGAAGUUCUGAGUGUAAUGAAAAAUACGAAACUGGAGUGCCUGACUCUGCUUGUAUACAUUGUAUAUUUAGGAAAUGGCCUCUACAUAUUUUAAUGGGAAAAAUGAUAUAUGUAUUUUGAUGGUAUUAUUUAUUUCGACCUUCAUUUUAGUGUUGUGCUUUACUAAUAGGGUAUUUAACUUGGAACCAUUGGUAAUGAUGAUAAUCUCAAAGUAUGAGAAGUGUGGUACACACCAAUCUGGUAUACCAGACGUUGGGUGGGCUGGUGCAUCUCUGCGCAAAGUUCUAAAUGCCUAAACUAGUAACUAUCAUCCUAGCUCUGUAUGGUAGUUAUCUUCAGCAGGUCAGGACAAAAUGGUGCAAUUUUUCACCUUUGUUUUUCAAGACAAUCUAGCCGUGAGCAACUCUUGAAACUAUCAUAACAAUACUGGUAUAAACUACUGUCAGAAUACAGCUAUGUGUUUAGCUUUGAAUUUUGCUUCUUUCUAUUUUCACUUUUCUCCCCUCCCACCCACUUCCCUUUGUUAUAGAAAUUACAAUUCUUCCUAAUAUAUUUGGAACCUAUCGAUCUUGUGAAAUUUGAUUUGAAAACACUUUUCAUAAUAAACACUAUUAGGAGCAGUGUC